CAAGUCGAACAGCGGCAAAGGUGUCGAAGGGCGCGUGUCCCGCUUCAUCGAACUUUGGCGAAAACUUUCAGGCAUGUCCAGCRGGCUGAUGGAAACCGGUCGAGGUCAGUACGAAUUCAAUUUCGCUGUACAGUCGGUGAUCGUCGUACAAGCUCUAUACGGUAUCGUCGCCUUGUACAUCGGUCGACAUCACUCAAUUUUACAUUACAACGUAUACUAUCCAACCGCCGUAUGGUCAAUUUUAAAUCUGGUUGUUCUGUGCGAGGCUGCGUAUUCGGUCACUAAUCAAGUGGGAUUCAAAACUAAUAUAGCAAUACAAUCAAUGGAUUGUAAUAGAUUCAGUUUAGAAACUCAAGAGGAGAUUUUCACGGCUUUGAAAACUAUCCAAUCCAACACACCUAUAAUAACUGUAAGUGGCUACUUCACCAUGGACCGAUCAUACAUACUGAGCUAUCUCGGAGUAGCUGUGUCAUAUAUCAUUGUUCUGGCACAAUUUAAAAUUGGUACUUCUUAAUAGAUUACAUCCGGAAAAUACC